UUCAGUCCGGCAGGGCAGCUUCUAGUACCAUCAACCAUGAGUGCACACCAGCCCGGCACCUGUGCUACCAGAAACCCACUUCGGUUGCUUGCUCUUGUUAUUAUAGCACUGACUUUCACUUCUGCAACAAGCCAAAAUAUAUCCAAGAUUACAUGCAUGUUAAUCAAGCAGAAGAAUAAAGGUUCAAGAACACUGGAGUCAUCUGGAUCUCCUAAGUUGGAUAACAUUUUGGAAGAUCUUGGGUGUUAUUUGAGCUCUCAAGGCACAGAGGAAGUCUAUAGAAUGGCUAAAAUUGUGGAAGCUGAUGUGUUUGAAGACAUUGAAUUAAAAGUAAUAAUGAAUAUUUCAGAGAUCUUUUCAUGCUUUUGGCUCUUUAAAGAGAACAAAACUGACUGCAAACCUACAUUGGACCCAGGAAAGAAAUAUGUUGUUUCUCUGGCCAUUCCUAAAAUAAAAGAAACAGAAGCUGGAAAAUACACACUGUCAGUUAUAAGUGAAAACAAUAAUUAUUCAAUAAUAUUAACAGUCCUCAUAAGAAGAAAACCAAGGACACCAUAUUUUAGAAAGAGUGAAAAAUCAAACACUAUAAACUGCAUAUCUGAAGGGUACCCUCAACCAGUUUUGGAGUGGUUAUUUUGCAAAACACCUGAUAAUAGUUGUACCAAUAAAUAUCAUGAACAAAGUAAGAAAAAAGGGGACAUGUAUGGAAUGAAGAAAGUACAACAUGGAUUAUGGGCAAAUACAUUAUUUCAAACAUAUAUAUGGUGCUGUGCAACCAAUGUGCUGGGCAGAGAAUGCACUAACCUGUAUACAAUAGAUCUAAAUGAAGCACUUGAAAGACCUGUACCUGAACUCCUUCUUAAAGUUGGUGAACCAUUAUUGAUAAGAUGUAAAGCGGUUUAUAGUAGCUAUAAAUUCAAAAUUAACUGGAGUCUUGCAAACAAAGCAUUAAAGCAGGGAUCUUCCUUUGAGGAAAAAAAAUACCAGGAAGACUCAUCUAUGACUCGGAUACAGUAUGCAUUUGCUUCAUCGGUGGGAAGAAGUGAUAGUGGACAUUACACCUGUUCUUCCACAGAACAUCCAAAUAAGACAGCUUUGGUAACUGUUUUAGAAGAGGGAUUUAUAAAUGUAACUGACUCCAGAGAAGAUUUUGAGAUUGAUCUACAGGAGAAGUUUUGUUUUGAAGUUAAACUUAAAGCUUAUCCACCAAUUACGUGUGUGUGGAUAUUUUCACAAAAAUCAUUUCCUUGUGGGCAAAUUUACAGCAUGGAUGGCUACAGCAUUUCUUCCAGGUUCUGUGAUCAUCAAUAUCAGUCAGGGAAAUAUGUAUUCUAUGCUGAAAAUGAUGAUACACAUGUAGAGAAAACAUUAACAUUGUGUGUGAGAAGGGAGCCUGAGAUAAUGAUAUAUUCAACAUCCAGAGAUAUUUCUUGCACCUCUGAUAGUUACCCUGCAUCAUCUUGGACCUGGAGAAACUGCCUGGAGCCUGAUCCUUCUAAUUGCACGGAAGAAAUCACAGAAGGCAUUUCGAAUGUCGUACCUGAACAGAGAAGUUUGGGGUCCUGGAUUUCAAGCAGCACGCUAGAUUUAGAGGACACAGUAACAGGCUUCUCUGUUGAGUGCUGUGCGAACAAUUCUGUUGGCUCCUCCUGUGAGAAGGUUUUUGUUAACCGGCAAGGAGCUGUCUUUGCUCUCCAAGAUAAUGUUGCAUUCUAUGCAGCGUUUGGAUUCUGCCUUCCAUUUAUAUUUGCCUCCAUUGUUAUUUUUCAUAAAUACAAAAAGCAAUUGAAAUAUGAAAGCCAACUACAGAUGAUACAGAUGGUUGGACCCUCUGAUAAUGAGUACAUCUACAUAGAUUUCAGUACAUUUGAGUAUGAUCCCAAAUGGGAGUUUCCAAGAGAAAAUCUGGAAUUUGGGCAAGUACUCGGAUCUGGUGCCUUUGGAAAAGUGAUGAACGCUACAGCUUACGGAAUAAGAAAAACAGGAGAUUCAGUCCAGGUUGCAGUCAAAAUGCUUAAAGAAAAACCUGAUGUUUCUGAAAAAGAUGCUCUAAUGUCCGAGCUCAAAAUGAUGACUCAUAUUGGAAACCAUGAAAAUAUUGUGAAUCUCCUAGGAGCUUGCACUAUGUCAGGACCAGUUUACUUGAUUUUUGAAUAUUGUUGCUAUGGGGACCUUCUGAACUACUUAAGGAGCAAAAGAGAGAAAUUUCACAGAACAUGGACAGAUAUCUUCAAACAGCACAAUUUCAGCUUCUACCACAAUUUCCACAUGGAUCAAAACUCCAGAAGGGGAACUAUAUUAAAAAAUGGAUCAUAUAUUACAUCAGUUAAAAUGGAUAGCCUUGGAGAUAUGCAAUCAAGCCAAGACUUAGAUUUGAUCUCUGAAUCAAAUGGGAUGAUGAUGUUUUCUGAGGAAGAUGAAAUUAAAUACAUCAAUGGAAGACUGUAUGAAGAAGAGGACUUCAAUGUGCUCACUUUUGAAGAUCUCCUUUGCUUCUCAUAUCAGGUUGCCAAAGGGAUGGAGUUCCUUGAGUCAAAAUCGUGCAUCCAUAGAGACCUUGCUGCCAGGAAUGUAUUAGUGACCCAUGGAAAAGUGGUGAAAAUAUGUGACUUUGGCCUUGCCAGAGAUAUAGAGAAUGAUUCUAACUACAUCAUCAAAGGCAAUACCCGUUUACCAGUGAAAUGGAUGGCUCCUGAAAGCUUAUUUGAAAGGAUAUACACAAUUAAGAGUGAUGUCUGGUCUUAUGGAAUAUUACUCUGGGAAAUAUUCUCUCUUGGUGUGAACCCCUAUCCUGGUAUUCAGGUUGAUGCAAACUUCUACAAACUCAUUCAAAGUGGAUUUAAAAUGGACCAGCCUUAUUAUGCUACAGAAGAAAUAUACUUUGUAAUGCAGUCCUGCUGGGCUCUUGACUCCAGAAAAAGGCCUUCCUUUUCCUGGUUGGUUUCCCUGCUGGACUCUCAGCUGGUGGAUGCAGAAGGAGAGGUCUAUCGAAAUACAGAGAACAACAUUUCUACACACACUUACAAUUACAAAAACGGACCACAGGUGACCACAGAAGAUGAAUCUCUUCCUUGCACCAAUAUAAACCAAAAUGAAGAUCCUCAGUUUUAAAAGUAAUCCUUUUUCUGGACUAUCUAGAAAUUAUUAUAUAAGCUCUAUAUUAAAAAAUGUUAUAUAUUACUAAUAAAAAAUAGCUGCUGCUAUAUUAGAAUUUCUCACAAGCCAUUCUAUCAUACUGUUACCAUAAAAAGAAAUAUUUUGAAUCCAGCAAGUUCAUUAACCAUGAGUCUGAAGCAGUAAAUGUCUUUCUGGUAUAUCUACAACUGAAAAUUUCCCACUACUUGUUUAAGGAAACUAUCUAUUCAGUGAACUACAUUCAAUGCUUCAUUGUGAGAAAACACAUGAAGAACUAAAGAAUUUAGCCAAAAUUUCCAAACUUGGAUGCUUAUGUUUGAGUGUACAAGCCUAACAGGCUGAUUUUUCAAAAGUAUUGCAUACACAUUGAAGGUAAUACUGUUUGCAAAUCAGACAACACUGAUAUAAAUUCCUAACUUUGGACACCUGUGUUUAAAAUGUUUGGCCUCUAAUUCCAAGGUCCUAACAUGCUUCUGGUAAUUUGACUGUGACUCUUUCAACUUUUUUACACUUCCUGUUAGAUGUAUAGUAAAAUUUCUUACAUGUUUUCUAAUAUGUAAUACGAAUGUACAAAUUUAAUUUGUAAUGAGAUUAUUCUUGGAAAUAAUGUAAGAAUAUAAUUUCAUCUCUCCCACUUCCUAGUAGUUUUAAUGGGAGCUAGAUGUAUGCAUUUUAUUGCCUUGAGAUUAGAAGAAAACUCUUUAUCUGUUUUCCUGUGUUCCUAUGGUAAUAAUCAGCGACUUGAUUACUAUUAAAUUAAUAUAGGUUUUGAGACAUCAUAUAUUCCUUUUGAUGUUCUAGGGACUAAUAGGUACAAACUUCCAUAACUGCUAAUAGAAGUUGUGUGCUUCCUAGUAAGUCAGGAUAGGAAUAUGUUCUUUAACCAUUUCCCCCUUUUUAUAUUACAUGUAUUGCUAACUGUGUUCAGAACUUCCCUUGAUAAAUUUAAUAAGUACAUAAUUGUUAUGAUGAACUAUGUUAUUGCAUAAAUUCAGCUGCUCUUUACUAACAAUGCCCUGACAAUGAUUAAUUAAUAUGUAUUAGCAUAUCAGUAAUGCAUUUUAGAUCUUGGUUAACUUUUAUUAAAUGAUCAAACUGAAUUUUUUAUACCAGAAAUAAACUUCUGCUGAAGAAUAUCUUUGAAAUACAA